CCGGGAUUAUCACGUUUCUGACAAGAAAAAUAAGUCGUUUGCACUCGUAGUACUACUGCACCACGCCACUGGGUGAACGAAAAAAAUGACAAGAGGUCGAAUAGAACUUGGCGAUGUGACUCCUCACAAUAUUAAACAGUUGAAGCGAUUGAAUCAAGUUGUAUUCCCAGUGUCUUACAAUGAAAAGUUUUACAAGGAUGUCUUGGAGGUUGGAGAGUUGGCCAAGUUAGCAUAUUUCAAUGACAUUGUGGUCGGGGCUGUGUGUUGCCGGGUGGACACCUCAGAACCAAACAAGCGACGACUUUACAUCAUGACGUUAGGCUGUCUCGCCCAGUAUAGAAAGUUGGGCAUUGGCACAAAGAUGUUGGAGCAUGUUCUGAGUAUAUGUGAGAAAGAUGGCAACUUCGACAGUGUUUUCUUACACGUGCAAGUCAACAAUGAGGGUGCUAUCAGCUUUUAUGAGAAGUUUAAUUUCGAAGUCGUUGAACGGAAAGAGAAUUAUUACAAAAAGAUUGAACCAGCAGAUGCUUUUGUGCUGCAGAAGACAUUGAAGAGUACAGAUCGUGAUGAUAAUGAUCAGGAGAUUGUACAGACCAACGGAAACUGACUGGUUGAAGAGAGACUGAACAUUUCUUGCAGGAGUUGAAAGAUUUUCUCGAGUGCACUAUGCUGCUUCCCUGUCAGUUGUCUUUGAUUGCCUGCAUCUGUAGCCCACAGCACCCUCCGGUUAGCUCUGUGUGCACCUGAGAAAGUGUUUAAAACAACCAUCAGAAUCUCUUAAGCAAUGUUUUCCAAAACCCUACUACAAAAACAAAUUUGAACUGUCUGAAGUGUGUCCUUAUUAACUCUAUGAGCUGAAAGAAUGUCACCACUCUUCAGUUCUUGUUUACUUCACCAGGACGGCAGUGGCUCACUGGUAAAACAUUCAUUGGUUGACGGCGACUCAAGUCUUUCAGUAUUAUGGAGUUCUGAUGGAAUAAUCAGUCAUUUUUGCUGCGUUCAUUUUGGUAGUAAUAUAGCCUCAUUAUAUAGAGUGGCCAAUAAAAAAACCAUCGUACUUUAACACUUGAUAUGAUAUGAAUUUCAUUGUUCGUGAGCCACCUUUGAAAUUCACAGUCGAAAUGUCUUCUCUGCUGAGCAAAAUAAAAAAUAUACACCUUCAUCAUGGCCCCUGGUCAUUUCAUUUCAACAAAAUUGAUAUGAUAUAAUGCUAUUUCAAACAUUACAAUAAAAGUUACACUACGAAAAA